GGUUCUUCAAAAAGAAAAGCUUUUUUAUUAUCAGUGAGAGUCGCAAAAGCACGCACCUCACACACUGACUCCGUGAGAGAAUCCGCCAUGGAAGGAGCGAAUAAUCGGAGCCCUGAUGCUUCUCGGGAGAAGGUGCGCGAGGAUUCGGAGGAGGGAGAAGCGGAGAAUCGAGACGAAAAAGCGGAGAAAAUUGAUGAACAGACGCGAGUGAGCAGUGAUAGCAGCACUGAUUAUACACUUGGGGACACUUCUAGAGGAGAAUCGAAAGCUUCUCAAUUACAAACCCUAGCUUCUGCUGAGCUUCCUGCCGCCGAUUCCCGAGUCGAAUUUGAUGAUUCAUCCGAUAACCUAUCAGAGGUUCCAGUGGAGUACUCCUUGCAACCGGUACCGCUGGGAGGAAAACUGAAGGAUCAAGUAAAAGCAGUGAACAAGGGAGUGCCGAAGGAUACAGGUGGUAAAAGUAAAAGCAGUGCAUCUGCUACAAAAUUAAGUUCCUCUAUUGCAAGUUCAAACCCACAGGAACAAAAAUUGCAACCAGUAGAGAGUGAGAGCAAUGUGUGUGUUCCAGAACCGGAUAAGCAGAAUACUAAACGUUUAUCUGUUGUGCCUAUGCCAAGAACUCCUUCUGAUGGGUACAACUGGCGCAAGUAUGGUCAAAAGCAAGUGAAGAGUCCAGAAGGUUCUCGUAGCUAUUACAGAUGCACAUUCUCAGACUGCUGUGCCAAGAAGAUUGAGUGUUGUGAUAUCUCUAGUCGUCUCAUAGAAACUGUCUAUAGAAGUCAUCACAAUCACGAUCCUCCCCAGAAAUUAAAUAGCACUAGAGAAAAUAAGCCCACAUUAUCAACUCCACCAGUCAAUCAGGGUAUUAAUACAAGUAAUCUAGUGAGAUAUGUAAAUGAUUUGGUACCAUCUACUCCAUCCAAAGAACAUGUAGUUACCCUUGAGGAGACACCUGAAACUAAACAGGAGUCAAGUGAUUCUGAGGAGACCACUGGACCUGAUACAAAAGAGAUGCAUGAUGGGCCUGAAUCAAAGAAAAGGCAAAAAAGAAAUUCCACAGGUGAAGUUGAAUCCCUUCAUAAACCCGGAAAGAAGCCUAAAUAUGUUGUUCAUGCAGCUGGUGACGUGGGAAUAUCAGGAGAUGGCUACAGAUGGCGCAAAUAUGGACAGAAAAUGGUGAAGGGGAAUCCUCAUCCGAGGAACUACUAUAGAUGCACUUCAGCUGGAUGUCCUGUUCGAAAGCACAUUGAAAGGGCCGUUGAUAACUCCAGUGCUGUAGUGAUAACAUACAAGGGAAUUCAUGAUCAUGAUACACCAGUACCACGGAAGCAUCACGGGCCAAAAGGUGGUACUGCUGUCGCUACUUCUCCCAUCUCGUUAAACGAUAUGCAAAGUAAAAGCAAACCGCACAAGACUGAACAAACCCAAUGGUCAGUGGGCAAAGAAGGCGAAUUGACAGGUGAGGCUCUCGUUGGCGGGGAUAAAGCAUCAGAAUCAGCAAGAACACUUUUGAGCGUUGGCUUUGAAAUAAAGCCUUGUUGAGACCAACACUGCCACUCAAACCAAAUAGUGGUGCGUGUUUCCUGAUCAAUUUUAUUUUCUAAUAACACGGCUGAUUUCUUUUUUUUUUUUUUUUUUUUUUUUUACUUUUCCUCGUUUUCUAUCUUUGUAUGUUAUAUUUGUUGUGGUGUUGUGAUAGUUUCAGCUAGUGUGGUAAUUUCUAUAAGCGGAACUGAGUAAUAAUAAUAGGUUGAUUGUAGUUGUAGCCUGUAACAUUAUUAUAUUAAUGGGGUAACUUAUGUAAUAUUAUUGUGAUCUUAAUGAAUCAAAUCCUGCAGUUAGUUUGGGCA